CAGCUGGACCGCCAGCCGCCAUGACAGGCAGGAAGAAGGAGAAGAAGAAGAGUUUCACUCAAACAGCUCAGAGAAACAGAAGAAGAAAGUUUUAGCGCCACUUUCAGAACCAGAACCAGAGUUCUGCAGAGAUUCGGUUCGGUUCGGUCCUGGAGGCUGAGGAUGGGCUCCCUGCAGGGGUUCCUGGACCGGUUCGGACCCAGCAGUGAAGCGGAGUCCGUUUGGCUGCAGAACCUUUUCACCUUCAUCCAUAAACACCUGAGAACACCUGGAGGCCCCGCCCACUCUGCUGCUGCCAGCCAAUCAGCUGCAGGUGUGUGUGAGCUGAGUGUGUGUGUCGUGGAGAAGAUCCAGGAGAGGUGCAGCCUGAGGAGCAGCCGACCCGUCAGCUACAGGCCUUUGUGCGUCUCAGAGUUGAUCGCCCAGCAGCACCUGGCCUGCGUCAGCAACCUGUCCUGGAGCACCAAUCAGCAUCGAGCCUGGACCAGGGAGGAGGAGCUCAGUCUGCCGGGUCAGAGGUCACUGCCCAGGGUCAACCUGCUGCUGAUUGGCUGGCUGAGAGCGGGGCGGGGCGGAGAGUGGAGGCUGGAGGACGGCAGCGGCAGCGUCAGGUGUGAGUUGACCUCUCCGUCCCCCCGGUGGAUGAACCGUCUCGCCUUCCUGCCUCACUGGAACUACAGCCCCCAUGAUGCCUCAGGGCGGGACCAGGACAGAGGACACCUGGAGCUGAUUGGCUCUCCUGACCUGCUGGGACCCAAAGCUGAGCUGGGAUUGGCUGCUGGACUGAGAGGGGCGGGGCAUGAUGGAGGGGCGGGGCCUGAUGGAGCGCUGAGCGUCAGAGAAGCUGCAGGUGUUCUGAGGAACAGGGUCAGAGGUCAGCGGGUGUCAGUGUGGGGUCAGGUGGGCUCGGUGCGCCCCCUGCUAGAGGUUUCAGGAAGCUGCUUCUUCUUCUUCUGUCUGGAGGACCAACAGCAGACGGUUCCGGUUCUGGUGAAGGGCAGCAGGCUGUGGUGGGCCCAGUGUGUGUGUGUUGGUGUCACAGUGUGUGUUACGGCUCUCAGAGUGUGUGUUCUCAGAGGAUGGAGAGGAAACAGCGUGCUGUGUGUGACCGACCGUUCAGAGAUACACACUGGAUACACACCAGGACACACACAGUCUGAGGCUACACACACACAGGAACACACACACCCAGAGGACCUGGAGCCCCUCCCCCUCUCUGUUACUGGCCCCGCCCACUCUGACCAGCUGCAGAAGGACCAGGAGGAGGCGGAGCCUGAGGAGCUUCCUGUCCCAUCAGGAGGGAGAAUCAAACGCUCCAGAGUCAUCAGCUACCAGGGCACAGUGACGGAGGUGGUGAGUGAGGGGGCGGGGCUUUACCUGCUGGACAGGAAGGUGGGGCUUUGCCUGGCCUAUCAGCCGCCAGCCAGGAGGAAACUGAGACCCGGAGACCAGGUGGAGCUGCAUCAGGUCCACUUCCUGUUCCGGCCGAGCCCCGACUUCCCUCCCAGCAUGCUUUGCUGCUGCCUCGGCUCCUCCCUCAGGGUGUCGGCCUUCAGCCGGGUGGGGGGAGCCUCCAGAAAGCCCAGCUGCCCUGGAGAUGGAGUGUUGCCACGGUUACUGCUGCAGAGCAACAGAGGAGUGGACCAGUACCUUUGGACCUGCAACCUGGCCUCCCAGCUGGCCCACAGUCUGGUCCCCACCGAGCCCCCCCGUCCUCCUCUUCAUCCUCCUCUUCCUCACUGCGUCUGUCUCCUGUCCUGGAAACUAUCAGAGACGCUGUGGACACAGAGAGGACAGAGAGACAUUUACUCUGAGAUGUUGGACUGGCCUCACUGCUGUCCUCUGGACCAGUACCAGGUGGACCCGUUUGUCCCUCAGCUCCUCAGUGUCUCAGAUCUCCUCCAGUCCCUGCGGUCGUCCUGCUGGUCCUCUCUGCUGCCCCCUGGUGUCCUCAGCUCGUCUCAGGUCAACUCUGCUCUCUCCUGGUCCUGCAGGAUGCUGACCUCUGACCCCAGGACAGGAGACAGUCUCAGGCCCCGCCCCCUCCUGCUGGUCGGCGUCCUCCAGCUCCCCUCUGAAAGGUCAGAGUUCACACAGAGCCUGGAGCUCAGAGACGCUACAGCAGCUGUGAGCUGCGUCGUCACGGAAACCACAGAGCAGGAUGAUGGAGGUCAGAGGUCGGCCUUCAACACCGCCUGGAUCGGCAGCCUGGUGUGUGUGCGGAGCUUCACCAUGGUAACGGAGCGGUUCCUCCAAUCAGAGUUCCCAUCUUGCCGACACCUGGACCAGAACGGUUUCAUCUCCAACAGAACCAGCAGAGUUUACCUGCAGUUCUCUCUGGAUCACCUCAUCAUCCUGAGCCCCUCUGUUACCAUGGCAACACACCUGAGGAUGAGGGGGGCGGAGCCAGGAAGUGACGACCUCCACAGGAACAAGAGGGAGGAAGAAGAGGGUGAUGAUGAAGGCUCAUGUCUGAAGAAAAGACGAUGUGAUGAAGAGCUCUCCUCCUCCGUUGCCAUGGUAACAGCUCAUGAGGGCGGAGAGCCCCCUCGUCCCUGCAUCUCCAUGGUGAUUAGGGUGGAGUCUAAAGGAGGCGUGGCCUGGAGGAACGCAGUGAUUGGUGGCAGUGAUGAGGGGGCGGGGCUUCAGCUGGGCUUCUCUGCUACGGCUCUGCUGAUUGGUCCAGUGGUCAGCUGGGCGCGGGACCCGAAGAACCAGCCAAUGAUGGAGAAGGAGGCGGAGCCAGAGAGGGAGGAGAAGGUGCUGCUGCAGUUCUCAGGUGUUUCCUCUCGAUGGUUUCCUCUCCUCCAGCCUGGAUCCGUCUACAGACUCACAGCACCAAACACUCAGGAUUCCAGCGUUCUGAUUGGUUGCAGCGUUGCUGGGCAGAAGGGGGUGGAGCUUCAUGCUGACUCCUCCCUCCAGGUGCGACCUGAUUGGAGGAUCCACACUCUGACCCGACCCCUGCUGCUGCCGCACACCUGGACUCAGGCUCCGCCCCCCUCCGUCCUCUCGGUCUCCCAGGUGUUGGACUGCAGGUCAGAGGUCGUGACCUUCCAGGGCCGGGUCACAGAGAGGGUCAGUCUGAUGGACAGGAGGGGAGGAGCCUCAGGUGUUCGUCUCACGGUGUGUGACCAGAGUGGGCGGAGCCUCUGUGUGUACCUGGACCUAAGCCACGCCCCCUACCCACCUGGUCUGUUGCCAGGUAACCAGGUGCUGCUGUCAGGAUUCCUCAGGAAGAUCUCCAGGUCAGGUGCUGUGUACUGCUCCCUCUCACCUGUUGGCUGUGUCACAGUGACAUCACUGGGAGACUCCAGCAGGUUGGCCCCGCCCCCUGCUCCCAGCAUGCACCUGGCCCACUGGGCCUCCAGCAAGACUGUUGAGGCCCAGGUCAAAGGUCAUGUGGUCUGUGUCCUUCACCUGCAGCUGCAGUGGAGCUGCUGCCACCAGGGGGGGCAAAACACACAGGUCUGCAGCUCUCACUGUGGAUCAGCCGCCUUCCGGGCCACAGCCAGGUUGGUGAUGGAUGACGGGACGGCUGAAGCUCAUGUCUGGUUGUCGGGGCAACCAGUCCAGGCCGCGCUGGGAUUGGCUGAUUCCCAGUGGGCGGGGCUCCAGAGGGUGGUCAGGGUCAGAGGUCAUGUCCAGGUGUUCCCUGGGGGGCGGAGCCUGAGGACAGACGGAGACACUGAGGACGUCCUGCUGCACUUCCUGCUGUCCCUCUGCAGCGGUGAUGUCAUCGGGCAGCAGGUCACCCUCACCUGCAGGAAGUGGACCAAUCAGAGCUCAGCAGAGGUGAGACGCUUCAGCCGAGGAGACAGAGACUUCCUGACCAGGAGGCUCCGCCCCCUGCAGCUCACCUGUUCUCACCUGGAGCUGCAGGAAGAAUCAUGAUGACCCGAGUCAGAACUCUGACCUGAUCUGAUCUGGACUCACCUGGAGACAAGAUGAACAUCAAGCUUCCUGUUCACCUGUUGGACCUGUUCACCUGGAUGUUGAACAGAGUCAGUAAAUGUUCCCCAGCAGAUCUCAGUCUGACAGAAACACCUGGACAGGUGAGUCCACUGCACCUGGUCCAAUUACUGACUGUCAUCAGAUCUCUGUCAGGCUGCAGGUCUUGGACUUGGACUAGGCCGUUAGCGUUUCUGUUCAUUUAUUAAAAACAUUUUUUCCUCUCAGUUGUUGUUUCUUUAAACGAUUAUAAUGAAGCUUCACAGUUGGAUCGAUAUUUAGUUGUCAUGAUGCUGUAACCAUGGCAACCAUGUGGUUUUUAUCACAGCUGAUUAACAUGUGAACGGCGCCAUGAGGCUGCAGAACAGAACCAGGAGGGACCAGAACCUCCAUGAUGAGAAUCUCAGUCGAUCCGUCUAACUCACCUGGAUCCAUUGGUUCUGACUCAGAACCAUCAGAACCCUUUGAUAAAACCGGGUCAGGUCUCUGACAUCAGAACCGGGUCGUCAGUUCAUGCUGCAGCUGCAGAGUUCAGCCAGCAGGGGGCAGCACUGCCUUCAGAACCCGGUUCUGUCUGAACUCUGGUUCUUCUUCAGAUCCAAACUGGAUCUCAGAACCAGUGACGUUCUGGUUCUGAUCCAGUCUGGGUUGCUCACAGCGCUACCAUCAGGAUUAAAGUG